AUGUUUUACAAGCCAUGUUGCCUUGUCAAAAGCAGUGAUACAGUUAAGCCUGUUAAAGCGUAUGGCGUUGAUAUGCUGAAUACCAUUGGCUAUAUAUAUGCAAGGCAGGCAGCAAAGGAGCUUGGAAAGAAGGUGAUGUAUCUGGGAGUGCCAUUUGUUGCUGAGUGGUUCAGAAACAAAGGACACUUCAUAAAAUCCCAAGUAACUGCUGCAGCAGCUUUGAUCCAUCUACAAGAAGACAUGAAGCGGCAUCUUAGUGAAGAAGGAAACUACACUGAGGAUGAACUUGAAAAAUACAUGGAAUCUAACAAGACGUUGAUGACUGAUUCCCUCUGGAAGCUUAAUGUGGCUGAUAUUGAAGCUACACUCUCACGUGUUUGUCAGAUGGUUCUCCGAGAAAACAAUGUGAAGAGAGAGGAUCUUCGUCUACGAGCAAAGGGUUUAAAAACUUUGGGCAAAAUUUUCCAGAGGGUGAAGACAGUCAAUGGGAAUGAGACUGAAAGUAUACGAAAUGACCCGGUCCACAAAUUGGGUAUCUCCCAACGCAUUAGCAUACCAGAGACCAUAGUGGAGGCUCCACAAUUUGCCGGAGCUCAAUUCAACAACUUUCCAAUGCCAACUGCACCACCUGGUGCUCAGAGACAUGCAUAA